GGUGUGGUGUAGGGAGAACAUAGGAGUGGGUGAUGAGUGUUGUUGUGGGUGUGGGAGAGUAAGCGCCCGGCCGAGGCCCCGUCACCCUGCACCUGGUCACGAGCACCUCACUCAUUUCCUGCCUCACUCGGCUCUACCUCACUCCUCCUCACCUGUUUGGCAAAUCCUUGUGAGCAGCCAUGAAUCGUCUUUUUGGCCGUGGUAAAGCAAAGGAGCCGCCUCCAAACCUUCAGGACUGUAUUGGAAAUGUUGAUAGUAGAGCAGACUCUGUUGAGAAGAAGAUCUCUAGAUUGGAUGCUGAGCUUGUCAAAUAUAAGGACCAAAUGAAAAAGAUGCGAGAAGGGCCUGCAAAAAAUGCGGUGAAACAAAAAGCAUUACGUGUCUUAAAACAAAAAAAAAUGUACGAGCAGCAGUCGGCAAAUUUGCGGAACCAGUCUUUCAACAUGGAGCAAGCAAACUAUGCCACGCAGACUCUUAAGGAUACUAAAACAACUGUGAGCGCCAUGAAGCUUGGGGUAAAGGAAAUGAAGAAGGAGUUUAAGAAGAUUGAUAUUGAUGAAAUUGAAGAUAUUCAGGACGACAUGGCAGACAUGCUCGAGCAGGCCGACGAAGUUCAGGAGGCUCUAGGACGCAGCUACGGAAUGCCAGAAAUUGAUGAAGAUGAUCUGGCAGCAGAGCUCGACGCACUUGGAGAUGAGGUGCUGCUGGAUGAAGACUCGUCUUACUUGGAUGAUGCCAUCAAUAUCCCAAAUGCCCCAGAGAGAGAGCCGGGAGCAGAAACGGUAAAAGAUGGCAUGCCUGUCGAUGAGUUUGGCCUGCCACAGAUGACAAGUUAAUAGCACCCAGAUAACAACUUGGUAUAAGUAUAAACACACAACAUCUACUGGAGGUUACAUAAGGUCAACAAGUCAUUCAUGAUUGAUAAAGAAUGUAAAAACCUUUAUUAUAUGUAGGAUCUGGAUGGUGAAUAUAUUAUGUAAUGAAUAGGAUCUAAUGAUUUCUGGUAUUGCUAUAUUACUUUGUGAACUCAACAUAAUGAAAGUAAUUGUACAGUAUUUCGACAUUGUCAUUUAAAUACGGCUCUGUUGCAUGGCAGUCAUGUGCGAGUCACUUGUGAUAGAAUUGGAGUUGACUACAUUGCAUGUGCUGAACAUAGAGUUCUCAUAAGGGGGCCUUGAACUUGAAAUCAUUGUUCCAUUAAUUGUACAGUUUUGCUAACUAUAUUGUGAUUUUUUAUUUGCUAACCAUUUUGUUGCCAAAAAUCUAAAUAUUAAGUUUUGCAAUAAAAUGCUUCAUGGAUAAACACUUGUCGAAAAAGUUAAUGCAGCAUCACUGACUAGCAUUUAUAUGAAGUAGUCAAGGUACUAUUAAAGUAUAAGCAGUGUUUGCACAAGUAAGGAUUCAUCCAUGGUUGGCUAGUGCCCCUCGGAUGUGAUAAGAAUCAUCUUGGUAGUGCUUUACUGCUGUUAAAGGAAUAAACCAACCAUUGUUUUGCCCAGUGAUAUGCAGAUUUAAGUUUAUAUUCAUAAGUUUCAGAAAACUUGAGUAUUUGACUCUAUGUACUUAUGUUACAACCUGUAAAAGUAUGAUGUUUUUUGGUGGUUAACAGUAAUUAUGAUAGAAUUCGCUUCAUGUUUAUUUUUGGCAUAUUUCAAAAAAAAAAAAAAAAAGUCACUUGGAAAUGCUUCCUCAAGUUGACAGCAGUUCUGCUAGAAGAACACCAAUCACAAUGCCUAGGGUAUUUAUUCACGAUGUACCUUACAAAGUUUCAUUGAAAGCCCUAUACAAUAAAAUAUUUAUAAAAAAAAUUUAUGCUCUCAUCUCAGAAUGUAGCACUAUGAAACAUUAUUAUUCAUACCUCUUGUUAUAAAAUUAAUUGUGCAUGAGAGUUUGUAUGUCCUUGAGCACUUGUGGUCAUCAUAGAUCAUGUCACUCUUGUCACUGGUAAUGGAGUAAUGGAGCCAAAAGAACGACAAAUUUCCCACUCCUGUUUGUUGGGUGUUAAGUUGAUGGUAACAAAUAAUGCCUUAUUACCUGUCUAUAUUAUGUGUGCAUAUGUAGGCCUAUAGUGUACAUGUUUUGAUGGUUUCUAAGGGAAAUAUGCUUUUAAUUUGCAUUUGUGAGUCCUGCUUUAAUGGGGUACUUGCAUGACGAAUUGCAAGUACAUGUAAUAUACUGUAUGUGUGUGUACUGUGGGUAUAUUUGCAUACAUGAGCACGCACACAUAUGCAGUAUAUAAAAGGUUAUAUUGUUUGCCCAUGAACACUCUUGCUUUCAUAAUUUUGUUUACCUAAUCCUGUGUAAUAUGAAUCAUCCUUGGUAAAUGUUGCAUUCAAAUAUUUGUUUUAUUUGGUAUAUUAAAUUUUAUAUAUGUAAUGUACUUUAUUCUUAAGCAAACAUUUAAAUAAAUUAUGUACAUGAA